AAGAUCCGAGGGAACUAGCUAAGAUCUAAAGCUAGGAAUACUUCAUAUUUUUGCCCAUUAAAAAAAAGAAACAAAGAUUUUUCAGCAGUCUUCUGCCCUGCCCUCCCCUCCUGUCUCUUGUUAUCGCUGUGGACUUCUGCCCCAGGGAACUGCGUCUCUACGUAGGAGUUGUGUAAUCCUUUCUUCCGAGAACUACCUGAGUGCUUACACAUAACGCUCACUUCCUACGUGGACAGGCACAGUGGCUGCUUUGUGACUAGUCCUGCAGUCCAACAGGAGACACGAUGGAGAGGCGCCCUGGAAGAUAAGUAGAAGAUAAGAAACCUGCUAGAUGACUGAAGCAUGCCCAGGCUAACCUACUUCAGAUGUGCGAGAAAAAUGUGGAGAAGAGCCAAGACCAUUUAAACCAGCUGAGGGCCAGCCAACUCCCCAACACGUGAGAAUGCUCAGCUAAGAUCAGCUGAAGUGCCUCCCUGAUGCAUAUUUCUGACUCCAGACACAUCAGUGACUCCGGCUGGGACCAGGAGAGCCACCCUGCUGACCUUAUGAGCAACUAUAAAUGGCUGUUGUUCUAACUAAGCCUCACAGUUAAGGGAUGAUCUGUUAUGCAGCCCCAUUGUGGCAUAGUGUGUGUUACAGACACUAGUGGUUCUUCCCGGUGUGGCCUGCCUUCCUCUCUAGCUUCAUGUCCUGCUACCCCAAAGCACUUUAGGCUCCAGAAUACCUCAAGGGAAGUGCCUUUAAUACUGGAGCCCUAAUAAAGAACAUAGGAAAAUUUGGUUUCUUUGAUGAAGAAAAACCCAGAUGCAUACAACAGAUUAUAUAAGUAACUCAGUCUCCUUAAAUGCAGUUACUUCAUCUAUUUAAUACAUUGAGAAUUGUUUGAAGAUAAAGCAAGAUAAAACAAGAUUUUGGUGAAGCAGUCGCCCAUGCUUGUGGUGAACAACAAUGCCGUCAACCUCAGCUGCAAAUACACCUACAACCUCUUUUCAAAGGAGUUCCGGGCAUCCCUUUAUAAGGGAGCAGAUAGUGCUGUGGAAGUAUGUGUUGUGAAUGGAAACUACUCCCAUCAGCUUCAGUUUCAGUCAAAAACAGGAUUCAACUGCGAUGGGAAGUUGGGCAAUGAAACAGUGACAUUCUACCUCUGGAAUUUGUUUGUUAACCAAACAGACAUUUACUUCUGCAAAAUAGAAGUCAUGUAUCCACCUCCUUACAUAGACAAUGAGAAGAGCAACGGGACCAUUAUCCAUGUGAAAGAGAAUCGGCUUUGUCCAGCUCACCAAACUCCCGAGUCUUCUAAGCCAUUCUGGGCACUGGUGGUGGUUGAUGGAAUCUUGGCUUUGUAUAGCUUGCUAGUGACAGUGGCUCUUUUUACUUGCUGGAUGAAGAAUAAGAGGAACAGGAUCCUUCAGAGUGACUACAUGAACAUGACCCCCCGGAGGCCAGGGCCCACCCGCAGACACUACCAUCCCUAUGCCCCAGCACGAGACUUUGCAGCCUACCGCUCCUGACACGGACACCUAUCCAGAUGCCAGCCGGCUGACACCUCUUCACCUGCUCAACACCACUGCUCUGGAUAGGAAAGGACUGCCUCAUCUUCAGCCGGCCAUCUCAGGCCCCUGUUAGGCCACAGAUGCCAAUUUUUCUUGACCAACUAGACCAAAGAACAUUAUUUUGAGACUCUGAAGGGAAGUUAAAGAAUAUUACAAUGGCAGCCUAAAUCUUGUAGUGCCAUGACCAAAAUUCAAACUUACUGUGUAUUUAUUGACUUGACUGAGAGGUUAGGGUAGAAAAUAAAGUGAGUGAUUUCUGUUAGCCUUGAACUCUUCUUACAGUUUUACUCCUUUCUGAGCCCCUGCACAUGGCAGUCAAGUGAAAUAUGAUAAUGAAGGACUUUUCAGAUGGAGAGGGAAGGUUAGAAAAUUAUUCCUUGUGGUUAAAUAGGGGUUUAGGGGGAUCAUUUAAAGUGGGGGGUGAAGGGUAGAGAGACGUAAACAUUUUUAAAGUCAUGAAAACACUGUUUCUCAAUCAUGAAAUGAGCCACUCAGUUCCUAUUUAAUAUUUUCCUUUUUAGGUUAGAAAGAUACAGACAUUAUCUUUGAUAAAUUCUGGUCAUAUUUAGUCAUUUUGAACAAUGGAAUACCUUCAAAGCAACGUAAAAGCAAACGGAUUUGCUUUCCUUACUCCCUGUGAUGGAAAUUCAAUGUAGUCUUCACAAUAUGAUUAAAAAAAUAAAGUGGUCUUUCCACACCAAGGAAGACUAUGCUUGGAAAUAAGGCCACUUGAUGUCAAAACUGUUUAAAUGCUAUGAAGGAUAAUUUGUUUAGCAGCACAUUCUAGUCAACUCCUGCAGGGGACUUUUCUGUUCCAUAUAUUUCAGGUUUGCACAACUGGUCUCUUUAUUGUCUGUGUGGAGAUCCGAAGUGGAAUGCUGAAUGCACAUCCAUAGGAGAACUGAGGACACUGUGAAAAAGAGAUCUUAGUAUUCAUUACAGCGUGGGGGGGACUUUCUUGAGUCCCGAAAAGUUCUUCUGAAGGAGAAAGAAUAGAAGGAAUGAUUUGAUUCUUGUCAUGUGCUGAGGGGCUGGCCACUGGAAGUUUUCCAGAAGAUGGCAGGCAGAAGGAGCCCUGGUGAAAGCUUUCACAGAGGGACUUUAUGUGCUUUAGGGCUCAGCGCUCCAGAACUUUGCGGGUGCAGGUGCCAUUUUACCCCGGAGGUCCAUCGACAUGGAAAGUAUUUUGGAAUGAGUUUUUUGAGAUGGCAUUGAAGUUCUCAAGAUAUCCUGUAAGGCCUGGAAUGACCCUGGAACGAUCACGGACCUUUUUCUACCUCCAGUUUGGGUUAACUGGAGUAUGCCUGGGGACCUUGAAGAAUGGAUGUACUGCGGCCUUUACAAUUGUUCAGUGCUUGAAUUUAUUCUGAUAUGAGGGGAGUAUAGGUUUUAGAGUCAAGUGGGCCUGGUUCAUGUCCCAUUGCUAGUUGGUGUCAGGCAAGUCACUGUCUUUCUAAGACUCUGAUUCUCUUCAACUAUAAAAUGAAGAUAAUGAUCACAAAUGUCUGUCCCUAUAUUGUAAUCUCCUUGAGGCCAUGGCCUUAGUUCGUCUUUUUUUUUCUACUUGUCCCUGGCACUUAGUACCAUGCGUGACAUGUAAUGUUAGGUAUUAUUAUUACUGCCUAUUAGGUAAAUUAUGCAUAACAAUUAAACUGGGCAAUGACCUGAGAAGGGAGAGCAUAUUUUAACACAAAUUUAAACCCACCACCCAGGGAUGAGGUGUUACAAAAUUUGAGAGCCUCUUAAUUGCCACCAUUUUCCUUUUUCAGAUUAUUUUAGUUUAUACUGAAAUGUGCAGCAUCUCAUCUCCCACUUUUAUGUAUAUAAAGAGGUCUUCUUUAAUUUUUUUAUACUGUGGGGAAGGCUAUGAAUAUUAUAACUCUAGAGAGAAAAUGUUGUACUUUGGUUGAUUUUUAAGUAGUUUUCUAUUCCAUGAAUUUAACUGAUCCAGAGAUGGCCAAACCUGGCAGUAUUUGAGUUACAAAGAACAGGUGGAUUACGGUGGCACAUUUGCCACAUCGCCAGGGUCUUGGCACACAGAGUUCUUUAGUCCAAGCUAUCAGAUUGGAUUUGAAAAUUAUAGAACUAUUGAGUUUGUAGAAAGGACAAUGGCAAAAAGUAAAUAAAUAUAAAAUAAAAAUGGAAAGAUUUGAUCUUUGGUAAUAACUGGUUUUAUUUUCUGAUGGGAAAAACAGGUUUACUAAAGAUGAAUCACACUUUAGAUUGUUCUUACUCACUUUGAACAGAACCAAAGUAGAAAUGUUAAUAGGGAAGUCCUUUUUCACUAUUAGUAUGAACCAAGAAAUGUAUGAAACAAGAAAUUGGUUUAAAAACUGUGGUUGGAGCCAUGCUUUUACUGUUUCAGGUAUAAUAAUUAUGAAGAAAACAAUUGCUGCUUUUAUUCUGAGAGUUUUAUAUUUAGUGUUUCUAUAAGUUUUUAUUGUCAGCUUGCUUAUUUUGGGCUGAGCAUGCCAAUUUACAGAGAUGAAGUGCACAUUAUGUUCUGUACUUAGUGAUAAAAUUACUGAACUACCAUGUGCCUGUUUUUACAUUUGUGCUUUAUCUUUCAGAGCAGAUAAGCUUCACUUUUAGCAACCUAACUUGAGAAAACACAAUGUUUUUUUUAAAAAAUGGAUAAAUACUUCUCAUAAAUCUCCAAUUUUAACCUUUUAAAAAAAUCCAGACUUUCAAAUGUUUUCACUUCAAGCAAGGUACACUUUUAGAUUGGCUUUCAUCAAAAUUUCUCAUCAAAACAAUGGUUUAUGACCCUAAGAUGUCAAGCAGGGCUUCCCUGCAUGUUCUGUGUGACGUGAAUCCGUCUCUCAUUGGUAUAUGCAUUCUUUCUGACAGAUUCCUCCUCCACAUCACAGGCAUGUUCCUAUUUCAGGACUUUUAAAUAUAUAUUUUUUCUAGAAUAUUCUUCUCCAGAUAUCCUGUGGCUUGUUCCCUCAUCGCCUUCAGGUCCCUGCUCAAGCAUCGCUUUCUAUCCCAGUUAAAUUCCCCCAAACUCUAUCUGCUUUCAUUGCUUCCCCCGCCCAUAGCAUUUCACCACCUCUUACACUAGACUUUUUACUUAUUUAUUUAUUGUUUGUUUCCUCAAACCAGAAUUUAAGUACCAUGAGGGACAGAGCUUUGCUGUGUUUAUUGCCAUGUCCCCGGUGCCUAGAACAAGGCCUGGCAGACUCACUCAUUUUAUUGAGUGAGUGAGUCUCACAUGCCCUAAUGAAGUAACGGUCAGUUUAAAUGCACUAAUCACAUUCUGAGAAGGAGAGAGCCAGCUCUGUUUUCUAACUGUCCUGUUAAAAAGUUCAAAAAUUCAUUUUUUAGUGAAACAGGGGGCAAAAAGGUAUACAGUUAAGCCUGUUAAAAGAAAACUUAAUGGAUAUAAACUAAUUUAUAUUUCAGAAAUUUUUGUGCAGUGAGGAAAACCAAUUUUGUUAGAAAGAAUCAUCUUUAAAAGUCACGCUAAAUAAGCCACAGUCAAGAGUUAAGUCAAUUUUCAAAUGAAGUCCCCAAAUCCUUUCUUAAUGGAGUAUUGACAAUAGUUUAAACAUGCUAUUAGCCUAAGACUCCUGAAAAUGUUGCCUUUGUAGUUAAAAUUCCAUUCUACUACCAAGCUGCUGCUUUUCUCUAUGGAGUGAUUUUGUCUCAGCAAAUUCUAUGAGGUGCUAUAAAAUGCCUUGUCUGCCUGUGAUUCAAAAAGAGUCCAAAGAUGGGAAAGCUGGGGACAGACAAUUCCAGCUUUUUCAUCUGUCAUGCUCAUGUCAUAACUGAAUACUCUGAUGGCUUGCAAUAAUUUAAGAAUAAAGGAAAAAUGACAAACAAAAUUGUGGCACUUGGAACAAGUUAAAAAAUUCAAAGCAGACAUAUUAAUCAACACACACACACACACACACACACACACACACACACACACACACACACACACCUAUCACCUUGUGGGUAGGGGAAGGCCCCUGAACCAUAGACACAAGGGUGGGUCUGAUAACUCUCGUAGCAGCUUCUAUUUACUUCAUUGAAAAUGGUGCUUUCGGGAUGGCCCGAAGUCAAAUAAAUACAUACGUAGUGAGUUCAUCUCCACACUUACUCUUUUUUUGUUGUUGAAAUGGAGCUCACUAAACUUAAUAAAGGUAAUUAAGACUUGAAAAAGAUGAACCUAUAUGUUUCCUACUCCAAGAAAGACUGAAUUGAGCUAAUCACUUACGAGUUCAAUAGGACAGACCUAAUCAAUUGAAAAGGGAAAACCUUGAUAAAAAUCAGCCAUUAAAUGAAUCUGCUCAAUAAGCACUCCUUGAUUGAGCUAAUAAAAAUAAUGCAAACUACUGUAAAAAGGUUCUAGUUCCUUGAA